GGGGCAGGUCCAUAUCCCCGGCCCAGCCCAUCCUUCCCUCCACCUCUCCUUCCCCUCUUCCCCAACCCCUAUCCUCCCCACCACUCCUAACAGCUCCCUUCCCCAGAGCUCCUCCUCACACCCUCUAUGCUCACCUGUAACUGCUGGCACUCUGCAGGGAUGUGAAACGGUGAGGCAUGGGUGAUAACUGGGGUGGAGUGGAGUAGGGGGAAGUUGUGGUGGGACCCCAGUGUACUGACCAAGAUACUGGCCAGCAUCAGACACAGCACCCAGUGUCAGGGCAGGAAGCCCUGGUAUUGCUUCACCUAGGGGUGCCCAAAAUCCAUUCCCAGUACUGGGUGCAGGUGUAGCCCCCUCACUACAGCAGGACAGGUUGCCUAAAAGUCCUCACCUGGGAUGAAGGUCUCACAGAGUAAGGAGGGUCAAGACAGGGAGAGGAGCAGGGAUGGGAUGGAUGGAGAGAAACCUCCCUCAGAGAAGGAGGAAGAACAUAAAGCACAACAGCACAGUUCAGAUGGCACAGUUCAGGGUGUCACAGUACAAGGUGUCAUAGUACAGAUGGCACAGUUGAGAUGGCACAGUUCAGGGUGUCACAGUACAAGGUGUCAUAGUACAGAUGGCACAGUUCAGGGUGUCACAGUUCAGGUGUCACAGUUCAGGGUGUCACAGUACAGAAGUCACAGCUCAGGGUGUCACGGUACAGAAGUCACAGUUCAGGGUGUCACGGUACAGAAGUCACAGUUCAGGGUGUCACGGUACAGAAGUCACAGUUCAGGGUGUCACAGUACAGAUGUCACAGUUCAGGGUGUCACAGUUCGGGGUGUCACAGUUCAGGGUGUCACAGUACAGAAGUCACAGUUCAGGGUGUCACGGUACAGAUAUCACAGUUCAGGGUGUCACAGUACAGAUGUCACAGUUCAGGGUGUCACAGUUUGGGGUGUCACAGUACAGAUGGCACAGUACGGGGUGUCACAGUACGGGGUGUCACAAAACAGCGUGGCACAGUACAGGGUGUGACAGUUCAGGGUGUCACAGUUCAUGGUGUCACAGUACAGAUGUCACAGUUCAGGGUGUCACAGUUCAGGUGUCACAGUACGGGGUGUCACAGUUCAGAAUAUCACAGUUCAGGGUGUCACAAUACAGAUGUCACAGUUCAGGUGUCGCAGUUCAGGGUGGCACAGUUCAGCUGUCACAGUUCAGAGUGUCACAGUACAAAUGUCACAGUUCAGGUGUCACAGUAUGGGGGUGUCACAGUUCAGAAUAUCACAGUACAAGGUGUCACAGUUCAGGGUGUCACAGUACAGAUGUCACAGUUCAGAGUGUCACAGUACAAAUGUCACAGUUCAGGGUGUCACAGUACAGAUGUCACAGUUCAGGGUGUCACAGUACGGGGUGUCACAGAUCAGGGUGUCACAGUACGGGGUGGCACAGUACAGGGUGUCACAGUACGGGGUGGCACAGUACAGGGUGUCACAGUACGGGGUGGCACAGUACAAUGUGUCACAGUAUAGAUGGCAUAGUUCAGGUGGUACAAUGUUGUGCCAACUUUUUGGUCUAUUCCCUGAUCAAGCUAACCUUUCCCGUCCACAUAACCCUCCAAUUUUCUUUCAUCUGUGAGCCUAUUUCAGAGUCUGUUAAUUGUCUCUAAUGUAUCUGCCACUACUAGCCUUGGCAGGGUAUUCGACACAGUCACCACUCUCUGUGUAAAAACAAAAACCUAUCUCUCACAUUCCCCCUCUCACCUUAAAAUGAUAGCUGCUCCUAUAAGCCACUUUGAAACUUCCACGUCAUCCUUUUGACGAGGUGACUAGAACUGAGCACCGUACAUCAAGUGUAGUCUAUCCAGAGUCCGAACAUUGCCUCACAGCUCUUGAACUAAAUCCACUGACUAAUGAAGGCCAACACCUUAACGACUGAUGGAUCUAUGUGGACCCCAAGAUCCCUGUUUAUUCACACUGCUGAGAAUCUGGGCUGCAAAUUCAACCCUUCAAAAUGUGCAUAAAGAGAGAAUAAAACUGCAAGUGAAUCCCUGCAACAUCUGGCAACUUGGUCAUAUCUGUCCCAAAGACUCGCGUCAGAACAUCUUUCAAGAGGAUGAACCCUUGCAAGGUGUCAGGCCCUGAUGGUGUAAGUGGCAUGGCACUGGAAACCAACUGGUAAUUGGGACGUGAGCUUAAAUGGGGCAAAAUGAACUGGUCCUGAUGUGUCCCAAUUUUGUGUGUGUGUGUAUUAUAGUAUAUCUUAUGUAUUGCACUCUAAAAUAACAAAUUUCACCAGAAAUGUCCGUGAUAAUAAAAUGGAUUCUGAGCUCUGCAUCCUGUCAGCCUCUCUCCACAACACCACCAAAAUUGUGUCAGCUACAAACUUCCUAACUCACCUCUGCCCUUCCUCAUCCAAGCCAUUGAUAAAACUCACAAAGAUCACAUCCCUGCAGCCCACCAUUGGUCACUAACCACCAGGCAGAACAUUCUCCAUCUGCUACCGGCCUCUAGUUUCUGUGGGCAAGUCAAUGUGAAUUCACACAGCCAGGUUUCCCUGACAUUCUGAAUGAGACCCCGACCCAACAUGAGGAACCUUACUAAAAUCCAUAUACAUCCCAUCCACUGCUCCUGCUUCAUCAAUGUGAUUUGUCACAUCUCAAAAGAAUUCAUUCAGGUUUUGUGAGACAUGACCUGCUCAUAACAAAGCCGUGUUGAUGAUCCCGAAUCAGACUAUGUUUCUCCAAAUUCCCAUCAAUCAUGUCUCUAUGAAUCCUAUCCAGUAAUUUUCUCACCACUGAGGGAUUCUCACUGAUUUAUGAUUCCCAGAGUUAUCCCUACUGACUUCCCUCAACAAACAUUUACGACCUCACAAACAUCUGCUCCUCCUCCUGUGUCUAUGACGGUGCAAAGAUCGUAUAUCCCAUCCAGUCCGAAGAACUUAUCUAUCCUAAUGUUUUCACAGCAUCCUCUGAAUGUGACGAAAAGAAACCUCCCUCAGAGAGGGGAGAGGGACAUGAGAGAGGAGAAGCAGGGACACGAUGGAGGGAGGGGGCCAUUCCUCAGAGAGGGGAGGGAGACCUGACGCAGGGAGAAGGGCAGGGAUGGG